AUAGUAUUUAUUUAUUUUUGUAUUCUACCUUUACUAGCUGCUCAGGCGGUUCUCGAUAUAGGUUACACAGUAUUAACACACAGUAUUAGUGGAUACUCCCACUAUCUCGAUAGACUAUUUUUUUUUUAG